AUGCCUAACCGAAAAGGACUACCACAAAAAAUAAAAAAACCCAAGUUGCCGAGAAGAAAAACAAUUGGUUUUUGCAAAGGCAAUACCCCCACACUAGCUUGGUGUGAUACCAGAGUAGUAACACUGCUAAGCACUUUUUAUACAUCAGAUUCACAAACUAUCCAAAGAAGACUUGCAAAAGCAAAAAGAGGAAACAUAGGAAGUCGUACGCCAAAUAAAACAAUACGAGCGAAAGUAAAAAAACCUAUCGUUAUAGUUAAUUAUAAUGAAUACAUGGGCAGUGUUGAUGUGGCCGACCAAUAUACUUCUUCGUAUGCUUUUUAA